AUGCCGUCGAAAUUCAGCUACCAACCUUGUCGGGAAUUCAAUGUGGUCGUUCUGGGUGCAGGUUCCUGCUUGCGAAAAGGUGGCGUGGGGAAGAGCUGCUUGACUGCCCAGUUCGUACACAACGAAUGGAUUGAGAGCUAUGAUCCUACCAUUGAGGACUCGUACAGGACGCAAAGGGCCGUUGAUGGCCGUCAAGUAAUGUUGGAGAUCUGGCACGGAGCAAUUCGCAUAGCGUCGAGGACCUCGUUUGAGGAACUAGAAACGCUCCGAGACGACAUAAUCCGCAUCAAGGAUGAUGAGGACAUCCCGAUCGUGAUUGUCGGAAACAAAGCCGACCUGGAGGAUCAAAGGGCGGUGGAUCGUGCCAAGGCCUUCUCCCUCUCCCAGCGGUGGAGCGCUCCCUACUAUGAAGCCAGCGCCAGGACACGAACCAACGUCGACGAGGCCUUCAUUGACCUUUGUCGACAAAUGCUGCGACGGGACGACAGCCCCGACGACAUGCGUGACGAUCCCUAUCCUCUACGGGCAGAAGACCCAGCCGCGAAAAGACGCCGCAGGAAGAGGCGAAAGGAAAAGUGUGCCAUCUUAUAA